CACUUGAGAUUGAUCUGCCAACAUAGUCAACAAAUCAAAGAUAAAAUAAUAUGACAUGUUCUUGUAUAUAAAUAUGAUCAGGGUACAUCCAUAAUUCAGUAUCGUUUCACCAUGAUCCGCUCCGCAGUCUGCUUCUUGGCCCUGGCGGCCACCGCAUUGGCAUUGCCAAGGAACUUUGAAGUGAACGUUGGAGAUCAUAGGAUUGUGAAUGGUACCGACGCUCCUUUGGGAAAAUAUCCAUCCCAGAUUUCGCUGCAAUCCUUUGGCUCACACAGUUGCGGAGGCAGCAUUAUUAAUGAAAACUGGAUUUUGACUGCCGCUCAUUGUGUUGAUGGUUCCAUUCCAGCAUUUUAUACCGUUUACGGGGGAGAUGUUGAUCUUAAUGGAAAUGGUCAGACCCACAAUGUUGCAGAGUUUGUUCCUCACGAGGGCUACAAUCCAAACAACAUGUACAUCAAUGACAUCGCUCUUGUCAGGCUUUCAACCCCCUUCGUUUUGGGACCUAAUGUUCAGCCCGUAACACUGCCAGCUCAGGAUCAAGACACUGCUGGCGGCUCAGAUGCCACCGUCAUUGGAUGGGGAUACCCAUAUUCAGGUGGUAAUGUGAUGCAAUUCUUGCAAGAAGUGGACAUUUUCGUAGUUGGUGACGUUGAGUGCGAUGCUAUCCACAACGGAGACCCUCACCCUUCCAACAUCUGCGCCGGAGUGCCUGAAGGUGGCAAGGGACAGUGCAGCGGAGACUCUGGCGGCCCCUUGUUCGUCAACGGCCAACAGGUUGGAAUUGUUUCCUGGUCUGUCAAACCUUGCACUGUUCCUCCCUACCCUGGAGUUUACACAGAGGUUUCUUACUACGUUGACUGGAUCAACGCCAAAAUUUCCAACCCAUUUUGCACCAUGAUCUGCACAGCAAUCUCUGCUUCUUGGCUUUGGCAGCUGUCUAGUCGGACCGUUGUUAAGUACCAUUUGAUAAUGAUCCGCUUGGCAGUUUGCUUCUUGGCACUGGCAGCCGCCACGUUGGCCCUGCCAAGGAAUUUUGAAUUGAAUGUUGGUGAUCAUAGAAUUGUGAAUGGUACCGACGCGCCUUUAGGCAAAUAUCCAUCCCAGAUUUCACUGCAGUGGCUUGGUUCACACAGUUGCGGAGGAAGCAUUAUCAACGAAAGAUGGGUUUUGACAGCCGCUCAUUGUGUUGAUGGUGAGGACUAUACCCUUUACUAUGUUUACGCUGGUGAUGUUGAUCUCCAAGGCAAUGGUCAAUUAGUGGAUACUGCCCAAUUUAUUAUCCACAAGGAUUAUGAUCCCAAUAACAUGUACAUCAAUGACAUCGCUCUUGUCAGGCUUCUCGAUCCCUUGGUUUUGGGACCCAAUGUCCAGCCCGUUUCGCUAGUCAAUCAGGGUCAGGUCACUGAUGGCGGUGCAACGGCGACCGUCAUUGGAUGGGGAUACCCUGAGUCUGGUGGAAGCGUUAUGCAAUUUUUGCAAGAAGUGGACAUUUUUGUUGUUGGCGACGCCGAGUGCGAAGCUAUCCAUGGUGGUGACCCUCACCCUUCCAACAUCUGCGCGGGAGUGCCCGAAGGUGGCAAAGGACAGUGCAGCGGAGACUCUGGUGGCCCCCUUUUUGUUAACGGCCAGCAGGUCGGAAUUGUGUCGUGGUCUGUCAAACCUUGCACUAUUGCUCCCUACCCUGGGGUCUACACAGAGGUUGCUUACUACGUUGACUGGAUCAACAACAAUAUUGCAAAAUUUGAAUAAAAUUUAUAAUUUUGUUUAAGUAAGAAAAUUUAAGCAAUGAAAAAUUGAGAA